AUUGCAUUCCAUUGAAUUGAAAUCUAAUUUCAUUGAAUUGAAAUUGAAUUUUACUAUUGAAUAUUGCUACAAUUGGCUUGCCAUACCAUGACUAACUUUGUGUGGUGAUAAACAGAAGAAAAAAAAAACAUGCCUUGAUGUUACAUUAAGGUUAUGAAUGAUUUAGAAAUUUAUUGUAACCAUACUAUAUCAUUUGCCCUCGAUCUUUCGAGCUUAUUAUCUGACUGUAAAUUGGUUAUAGGAGGAGUUGAUUAGUAGAGGGUUCAGACAAGUGAGGUUUACGUUUAGAUUUACGUUCCAUAGCUCUGUUCACGAAACUAACAGCAGUUAUUACAAUGCAAAUUUGUGAGUCAGUUAUAUUCACGAUGUAAACGUCUGCUGACGCAAUCAUCUAACAAUGUUUAUCUAAGUAUUGUAAUGACUCGGUACAGUAAAGUCUCUAAAGCAUUAAAAUUGUUCAAGAACUGAGAUACCAUUAAACCUUAGAAAAAGUUAAAAAAUUUCUUGAAACGCGAUAUGAAAUAAUUUUUCGCGGAGUUCUAAUGGGCUCUUGCUUUCUCAGAAAAAAGUAUUUUUUGUUUUAAGAGUUCUCACAACUAUUUGAAGCCCCCUCUCCCACCCAUUUAUCCAACAGUGUUGAAGGCAGCCACGAGGCUUGACAGAGAAAAUUCACCUUUGAUUUGGGGUUUGGAGAGGGAGGUCAACAGCAAGACUCUUCGGUGGGAUGAAAAUUAAUCGUGCGAAUACUUUAGCCAAGGCAUGGUGGAAGCUCCCCUCUAUAAAUGUAUUGCGAAAGUUGUAUCGAUAAAAAGUGUCUGUAUUUCAUCUCAAUGAUACAUCUAUUGCGUUGCUCAGUUCUUUAAAUAGAUGAAUAAUACAUUUCCAUUUAAGGUUAUAUUGCGUGACUAAGCCGUAAUGAAUUCUGGGUAUCUUCUACGAAACCAAACUAAUAAAACCAUUUCGCAAGAAUAAAUAUUUCGUUUAUUAGCGGAUCCUUCCUCUUGUAUAGGUCUACAAAACAUGGAGAUACAAGUUAAAAACUGUAAGACUGUUCACCUUUUUAACUGUGACAAAACUUUCCAACUGGAUUCAGUGGAAGCACUCUUGGCUGCAGUGAAAGGCAAACUUGAAUUCGAAAUAUCAACCAAACAGCAUUCAUUCAGACUUUCGGAGAUGUCCCGUUUGAGCGACAGCAUAGUUCCCUCUCUGCAAAUGGAUUUUGCCAUUUUUGUCGUUCAUGCCAAUGAAUCUCGACUCUCUAUCAACGAAGACAACGCUGGCAUUGGUUACGCGAAGAUCUACAGAGCUUUGCUUAAAGCGACUGGCGAAAAAGUUGUGGUAAUUAUAGGUGGUGACGACAACUAUGAAGGGAAAGAAGAGGAAAACAAAGCUGUUCUGUCACGUUGGGCUCGGAGUAAAGUAUCGUCACAAUUCGGGAAGGAAUAUCUUGACGGAAGGAAGAGUUUCAGUUUUUCCUGGCACACAAACCACCGAGCGAUUCACGAAAAGGCUCUUAUACACUUUUUUGAUCCAAGUAAGAGGGGCGAAAAAUUUGAUUAUCAUCUGCCAGAAAUCAUUCUACCAGCCGAUGCUUUAAACGCAACAGCUGAGAAAAAUGAACAGGAGUUGAAUCCUCAAUCAGAUACUAGACCAUGUACGCCAAUAAGCAGUCCAGAAAAUAAUUUACCGUUUCCAACGGAUAAGGUCGAGUAUGUCAAUGAAUUUGAAGUAACUUACAACAAAGACGAGGAGGAAGUAACCAUUGCUGUUGGUCCUCACGAUCAAAUUCCUACAGGGUCGAUUUAUAAUUACCCAGAAGGCUCAGUUCUUCUAGAUACUCGGCUUCGCUAUGGGGAAGUCUCAGAGGACGUGAGUGAUGUGGUUCAAAGGAAGAAAGGAUGGCAGGUACCGGAAGGCUACAGGGAUCAUCUGAGGGGAAAACAUGUGGCAGACCCCAACCUUGGAAUAAAGUUUGUUGUUCACCGGAACGAGCUUACCACAGUUGUAAUCCGCAACUGGUUUCGACCGUUUUGGGGGGGAUGUUGUACUGUACUCUAAGCGUUAAGAAAGUAUAUAUUUUUCAACAAACUUUCCUAAACAACCAGAAGUAAUAUAUAUUCAUCUUUCGAGGCAGAGCGUCGAACAAUCUAUAGUUUAAACAGAGAUGACCAAUAACUUCAUUUUCGAUGCAUGGCAAAGAUUACUUUAGUCCUGGGUUUGAAAGCUUGCAGAAAUACCAAUCAUUGUAAAGACAUUAUUGACAUAACGCUGUCGUUAAGUUCUAGUUGGGUGAGAAAGCUCGCCACAGUUGGACAAAGGUGAUUUGGCUUCCGUACUGAUUCCUCAAUACCCAUAUUUUAACGUCCAACCUACUAUGCAUGCAAAAGUCCCACUCUCCAAGAGUUGUAGUCACUGAUCGCCUGUAUUUUGUAACUGAUUUUAAGAAAGUUUAGAAUGCUAAUGAUUCUGCGAAACAUUGAAUGUCCUCGCACAACAGUUUCCUAGAACUCUUUUGUUUCAAAUUUGAUUUUCGAAUUGUUUCACAUCGCUGGUCAAGGGUACAAGGUCUUAAAUAAAGAAAUUAAUAACCAUACUA